AUGCCGACCCACUGUGCGGCGGCCGGCUGCUCUGCCGUCUACAACAAACACGUCAACAUCAGCUUCCACCGCUUCCCGAAGGAGCCCAAGCAGCGAAGCGAGUGGGUCCGGCUCCUGCGGCGCGACAACUUCGUGCCUAGCAAGCACGCCUUCCUGUGUUCCCGCCAUUUUGAGGCGUCCUGCUUCGACCUGACAGGCCAGACCCGCCGCCUCAAGACAGACGCCGUGCCCACCCUCUUCUACUACAACACGGCAGGCCUCCAGGGGCCGGCCAGGGGCAAGGGCAAAGGCAGAGGCAAAGGGCAGAGCCUCGAGGUGACCAGCAUGAGCAACCAGCAGGAAGGGCCCCAGUCUGAGCAGGUCCUCCAGGACCACAGCUAUGCCUUCCGCAGCCCCGCAGAGGCCAAGAGGCGCAUCAUCAGGCUGGAGAAAGAGAUCGCCUUCCUGCGGCGUCGGAUUCGGGAUACCGUGCCCAAGGCCAAGGUGGCCCUGCCCCACAGGGGCCGGCCCAAGCCCUAG